AUGGAUGAAAUGAAAGUUCCAGAAAAUUAUUUUUCACUUUUUCGAUAUCAGUGUAUCGUAGGUGUAUUUUUAACAUUUCUAAUAGCAAGUUUAAUGAUAGGUGAAGCCUUUUGGUUAUCUGAUACAAAAUUAUCGUUAGUCAUGGAUUAUAGUUCGAUAUUAAUGAUGUAUUACUUAUAUUUCUAUCCUGUUAUGAUAAUCGUAAUAACAGACUUUACUUUCGUAUUUUGGAUCAGAUAUAUAAAGAUUAAAUUUGUUCAAUUGAAUGUUGUACUCCAAAACAUGCUGCCGACAACUAUCGAUUCUCCACAACAUAAGAGAGUGCUCAGAAUGAAGGAUAACUGGGAAAAUGAUUCUGCGUUACCUACUCUUUAUGGAACUUACAAGGCGAAUGAAUACCAUCUGAAAUUAAAAAAAGUCAAACAAAUCCAUUUGGAAUUGUUGAAAUGUGCAAAUAUCUUAAAUGAAGCUUAUGGAUUACAAAUUCUUAUAUCCAUAUUUACAUCCCUUUUAUUUAUUACUACAUUGUUAUAUAAUCUCUACGUUGUUUUAAUGACAAGUAAUUAUUCCAAUUGGAUAAUACAGUUCUACAUGCAUUUCUCUUGGAUUUUUUAUCAAUGCAUCAAGAUUUUUGCAAUGACGAACAUAUGUCAGACAACGAUUACAGAAGUAUGUCCUUUUUAA